UAAAUCCACAACAAUGUCUAUCGAAGAAAUCCCACAAGGCGCUGACGUCAAUGUCAUCCCAAAGAACGAAAAGAAGGCCAGAGAAUUGAUCAAGAAGUUGAACUUGAAGCAAAUCAAGGGUAUCACCAGAGUCACCUUCAAGCAAAGAGGUAACUUGAUCUACGCUAUCGACGCUCCAGAUGUGUACAGAUCUGCUGCCGGUACCUAUGUUGUUUUCGGUGAAGCUAAGGUUGACGACAUGAACCAGAGAAUCGCUGAUGCCCAAGCUGCCCAAGCUGCUGAGACUGAUGCUCAUGCUGGCCACACCCACUCUCACGGUGAAGAAGACAAGUCUCCAGAAGCCAUCACUGCUGACUUGGAAAAGGCUUCUUUGACUGAAAAGAUUGAAGAAGAAGAGGAAGAAGGUGAAGUUGACGAGUCUGGAUUGGAUGCCAAGGACAUUGACAUCAUUGUCGAACAAACCCAAGUUUCCAGAGCCAAGGCUGUCAAGGCUUUGAGAAAGCACGACGGUGACAUGGUCAACGCUAUCAUGGAAUUGUCUUAGAUGGUAUAAAUGCUGUAAGUGUUUAAGACUAUUUAGUAAAUGUAGACUAUUAUCUUCAGUUAUGGAAUUAAUGUGUACAAUAAAUCUAUUCUGUAGGUCGCUUACGCAAUUUUGAAUAUACUAAUUUCAUAUC